CACGCGACUCGUCGCGACCAAAAAAACAAGUGCGUCGCUGGCUCUUGGUGCCUCGCUGUCGGCGUGAGAAUCUCCUGAGUGCUCCCAACGAAGCGCUGCAGCAAUAUCGGCUGGCGAUCGUGGUACAGGCUUGAUCAGCGGUGCCGAGGCUGCACGGCCUCCACGCCAUCGACGCGUCGUAGCGUAGCCUGACCAAUUAAUUAUAACCCAUAGACGUGCGCCGCCGCCGCCAGCGAUCGACGACAGCAAUGGCCGACGCCCCGCCAAGACCACCAAUAGACGACAUCACGGCCAUGUCGCAGACGCUGACGAUCGAGGGCGGCGUGCACGCCUUCGCGCGGCCGGCGCGACGGAAGACGGGUUCGUUGUUCGUGGCCAUUCCCUUUGAACGAGAUCCCUUAGUGAUGCGCGAAUUGCUCGAACCGUGUUCGACGGUCGACGACCUUUAUGGAGACGAGUACGACGACGCGUCCGACGAGGAGCCGCCCGGGGCCGUCGUCCAAAGGUGCACUUCGGAUAAUGUCAUCAAGUGCGCCAAGCCCAAGUUCCGCGAGUUGAUUGUUCCUGAAUCCGCAAAACUCGCAGCGGAGCUAGGAGGCGCCCCGGACGAAGAGCCCGUCAUCGAGGAAAAGCGCGACAUCGAUGGAAAAGAAUGUAGUGUAGUGAGCUACGCGACGUGGCUAGAUACGCAGCUGUACGGCGACGACCUCAAGUUUAUCAACGCCGAUUUCGUCGAGUUCGAGUUGGGACCGCGGAAAAUCUUGAUAGGCCAGAACCGGGGCGUGGGCAAGGGCGGCCACUUCUGGGACGGCGCCUACGUGCUGGCGGAGGCGUUGGUCGUGAGUCCGCCCGACGCUCUGAGGAGGAAUGAGGCUUGUAGCGUACUGGAGCUUGGUGCUGGUGCCGGCUUGACAGGUAUAUUUGUGGGCCUGGAGCACGAAUCAACCAAGGUGACGCUGACCGAUGGCGACGAUGGCGUUCUAGAUUUAUUGAGGAAGAACUGCCACCGGAACCGAGUGCAGGCGCGCGUCGCGAAGCUCGUCUGGCAGGCCGACGAAGGAGACAGUAACACCCAGUCCGAGGAGGCCUGGCAUCCCUCGUGUAAGGAGGGCGACGACGAUUUGAAUGAAAAAUUCGACGUCAUAAUCGCCGCGGAAGCGGUUGCCCCGAUCUACGACGCGCGCGCCUUCGUCGAUACAUUGAGAAGGCAUGCCCACGCGAAGACGGACAUUCGACUGGUUUGUAAAGAUGGUCGGUGGCCGGACCACGCGGCCUACUUCUACGAAGUGCUAGGGGAGCACUUCGACUUCCGGUCCGACGAUCCCGUCACAAAACUGAAAGCCACCUACUUCUCGGUCGUGCGGGCGCGGCUGAAGGCGUAGUGGUAGUUUUAUGGUAAUAAGUGCGAGUCUA